GACCGAGACAGAGGGAUGAAGAAAGUUGGGCCUAACGUGUGAAGCCCAGCAAGUGCAGGAGAAGAGGUGUUUGGGUGGCAUUUUAUCAUCCAUCUAACAGAGAGGAGAGUGAAGUUUUGUGGUGUGGUUUAGUGUCAAAUGGCGGCGAGUAGAAGCACUUUUCCUCUGAUGAAAUACUUGAGAGUGCGCGUCGACGCUCUUCCCCGCAACACUCCCUUAACCCUCGCUCCCAACUUUUUGAUUCGCCGCUUCUGUGAAGAGGUUAGGGGUUGUUUUCUCGACAAGUCUGAGGUCACAGAUCGCGUCAUUUCCUGCGUCAAAAACUUCCAGAAAGUUGAUCCUUCAAAGGUUAACCCUAAUGCUCACUUCCAGAAUGACCUUGGAUUGGAUAGUUUAGAUUCAGUAGAGAUUGUGAUGGCUCUUGAGGAGGAGUUUGGGUUCGAGAUUCCUGAUAAUGAGGCAGACAAGAUCAACUCCAUUAAACUUGCAGUGGACUUCAUUGCAUCUCAUCCUCAGGCAAAGUAGUGGAAUUCUUUUGUUUCUCAACAUCUAGUUUAGAUGAUCCAUCAGACAUUUUUGCUUCCAUAGUGGAACUUUGUUUUCUCAUCCCUCAGAAGGGUGUUAGCUGGGGAUGUGCCAGCUUCAUUUGGCGGUAUUGGCAUCCAGAACUUCACAUUCUGUGUUCCUCCUAUAUUCCUGUCAAUAAGAAUUGUGUUAAAUUUCCGAUUAUGAAAUUGUGAGGUCUUGAGUUGUCCUCAGGAACAGAUGCACUAUGCUAUUCUCUUUUGCUCUGUUUUCUGUUAUUACAUCAUCCGUAAUAAUUUUGCUUUUGUUUAAUCUCCAUGCAUCAUAAUUGAAGUUAUACAUUUAUACUCUGCCAGAUGGUUCUUAUGUAAUGAGUUGUUUCCGUGUUAAGAAAGAACUGCUCUUUUAGAGUUCUAA